AUGGAACCUGGAAGCUUCGAGCUGUUGAAAGUCGUUGGACGAGGAGCAUACGGGAAGGUCUACCAAGCCCGAAGAAAAAACGAUGGACAGCUCGUUGCCCUGAAGGUCGUCACCAAACCUACAAAGCCGAUAGAAGUGAAGCACAUGGACGACGAGAGGAAGGUGUUGGAGACUGUGAACUCUCCGUUCCUGUGCGAGAUGCUCCACUGUUUCGAGACUAACGACAAGUUAUAUCUCGCCCUCGAAUUCCUCUCUGGAGGAGAGCUCUUCACAUUGCUCAACAAAAAAAGGAGGCUGGAUGAAGAGGCCACCAAGUUCUAUGUUGCCGAAAUAACUCUGGCAUUGGAACACUUACAUGACAGCGCUGUCAUUUAUCGAGAUUUGAAGCCUGAUAAUGUAAUGCUUGAUCCAAAAGGACAUGUGAAACUGACUGAUUUCGGGUUGAGCAAGUCAAAUGUGCCCAGAGGAGAGCUCACUUCUACAUUCUGUGGAACGAUGGAAUACAUGGCUCCGGAAAUAUUUUCUCAAGCUGCAUACGGUCAUUCCAUUGACAUCUGGGCACUUGGUGUUGUGAUGUACGACAUGCUUACUGGUGGACCUCCAUUUCACGGGAAUAACAAAACGGAACUCGUAGAGCACAUUCAAAACGGAAAAGUCAAAUUGCCAUCAAACCUUUCUGUGGAUGGAAAAUUCUUACUGAAGCGGAUGAUUAAUCGAAAACCAGAAAAACGGAUUACAACAGAUGAAAUGAAGAAACACGCGUUCUUCAGAUCCAUAAACUGGAGCAAAUUGGAGUCUCGAGACAUUGACCCACCAUUCAAACCAAAUCUCAUAAACAGUGAGGAUGUCUCCAACUUCGACAAGUGCUUCACCAGAUUGUCGCCAAUUGAGUCGCCUACAAAGGAUAUGAACACUGAGAAACCGAUUCAUCAAGAAAACGAACCAUUCGCCAACUUUGAUUAUAAUGGUUCACCGAUAAAGGAGAAUGUUGAGGUCGAGACAAAAUCAAAGUCCAAUGCCGUGAGAAAACUCGCGGUAUCGAACAGUCAAACUGACCAAGAAGCGGGAUAG